GCAAACAUCUCGCACUACGUGUCGCUUUACGUAGCGGUGCGUGGAGGUACAUUUGCCUCUGUUUGUAUUUUGUUGUUUUACACGCGCAUUUCCUCAUCAAAGCAGCCCCCUCUCUCUCUCUCUCUCUCUCAUCCACACACCUCCUUCCAUUUCCUUUCCCCACCGCAUAACUCGCCAUUUCUCGUUGUUGUCUGUGUGCGUGUGUGUGCGGCCACCGCUGACUUCUCUCCCACCCGCUCGCCCGAUUUGCCUCAGCUUUUUCUCAACGUUUUUUGUUGUUUGGUGUCCCUCCCCUCUUCUUCUUCGCGAGCUAUUCUUUCUUACCUUUGCCAACCAUCUCUGCAACACACACCUAUCCGGAUAUAUAUAUAUAUUGUUUCUCUCUUUCUACAAGUAUCGGCGUUUCUCCCCUCUCGCACGUGCACCGCAUCUCAAAACAAAGGAGAGGUGUGGCAACAUCAAAACAAUAAUAAUCUUCUUUAUUCAUUUCUUUAUUUGUAUAUAUAUCCGGCGAGCGCCGCCGCACACACAGGGUGUAAAUGCUCCGACUACGUCUCUCCCCCGCACCGCAGCAGCUGGUGCCUCUUCGGCACUUCGCGUACUGCUCCUCUGCAUGGGGAGCCUUCACCUCCGCCUCCCUCAGCCGCUACUUCCACUGCACCUUAAAAGAAACACUGCAGGGCGAAAGUGAGGGCGUGAGUGCGGUGGCGCCGUCGCCGUCGGCGUCGUUGUCGUCUUCCGCGGCGCGGCACGGAAACGCAGACGCGGGCACGGUCGUCUCAACACGUGCAUCACCGCAGGCAAAAGCACCUUCAGCGCUGCAUUACUCAUUAGAGCUGUCCCUCCCGCACCUGCCGCACCGCAGUCCCUUCACCAAUGGAAGUCUGAAGGACACUGGGCGUGUGGGGACUGCGGCACGCAACAGCGAGCUCAUGGAGGUGCUGCUGGCACCCUUGAAGGGUACUGCGGAGGUCGCCUCACGAGAGGCGGCGCAAACACAGCUGUUGCAUCCCCGCUGGAGCGCCUUCCUGCGGCUGUGCGAUGACGUCGUCGCCGCCGCGGCCGCACGUCGUGCUACGCCGUCUGCACCCUCCUGCCUGAUGGGCGUGACUAUCCCUUGCAAGGAGCCGUACUUUUGCGCUGCCGAGCCGGUCCGCAAAGAAGAGAGGAAUGCAGCAGCCGCAGCAACGACCACCACCCCCACCGCGUCCCCCCUCUCCACCAUCCAGGCGGCGAUCCUACUCUUUCAUCAGCACUGGCGCGUGCCCGUGAUGCUGGCGCUCAACACCACGGUGGCGAACACACAUGCGGUGCAGCGCCACACGGGCGACGAGUCAGACGCGGCCGGGGAGGCCGAUGCAGCCGGUGCGUCCACGUCGGGUGUGGAGGCGGUGGUGCAUGACUUCGUGUCGCACCUGCACGGUCGCCGGAUGUUCCUCGUACGCGGCGACUCCCCCGCCACGCGGUACGGCGCUGCUCGUCGUGGCUCGUCUGCGGUCGCGUCGGAGCUACACACCGCCGGCGAUCUGAUUCGUUGUGUCAGCAGUGCGAUCAAGCGCCUCGCUCUCCCGGUGUCGUUGUCGUCGUCGUCGGCAUCGCAGACCGGCGAGACCGCCACAUCGGUGCAGAUUGCAGUGGCCGGCUACGCGCAAGGGCACCCGCUGGACCGGAGGUGGGCCGCCUCCCCCGCCGCCGCUGCCGCCGCCACGACGGCAAACGCCGCGUUCUUCCACAACUUCGAGCGCGACUUUAACGCUGCCGACGGCCUCUUUGAGCGGAUCGUGCUGUCGCACGUGGCGCCGUCGAGGUCAACGUCGACGAGCACAACAGCAGCGAACGGUGGUGCCACCGCAGCUCUGCUGCCCGCCGUGCAUCAUCUCUUUCACACCCUGGGCCGUCUACACGCCGUUCGACAGCUGUGGCUGACCCCUUCGCACUACUCCGCCGAGGCACGUGCGGCCUGCACGCGGCAGCUGAUCGAAGAGAAGGUGUUGUUGUGGAAAGGGUCGGAGGCGCUGAAUGGUGGCAGCGGUGGCGGUGGUGGUGCUCGUGUGAUUGUGACGCAGAUGCUGACCUCUGCGGAUGAAUUUGCGGGCUACGUCGACGACGUGCAGCGUGCGUUGCGGAUGGCGUCUCCUUCCUCGCCGUCCUCAUCCCCCAUUUCUGUAACCGUCAUCCCCGGUAUUCUCCUGCCGCACCCCACCGACGCACACGUUCUGCUGCGCGCGCUCUACUACGCAAAGGUGAUCCCGAGCGUGCGGAUGCAGCGGGCACUGGAGACGUACCGCACCGACUUGAAAGGCGUGUGGCGGAGCAUCGCGACACACCGCGGCACCACGGAAGACAACAACAAGGAAGGGGCGACCGCCGCCACCACCGCAACGGCAGCAACAGCACAAGUGUCCUACCCCCAGGAUGUGGCGAACGGCUACAUGUCCACCUGGCCCGGCGCCGUCGUGGUACGCAGCGACGCAGACGUGGCGGCGAUGGAGGCCUUUGUGGACGACGCCCACCGUCGUGCCGGUGCCCGCUUUGCCGCGGCCUGGAUGGCAGAAACGGUGGACCUGUUAACGGACUUGCAGCAGCGCAUCGGCGGUGCGCACGUGCCGGUGCAUUUCUUUACUAUGUUCAACGACGCCGUCGAUGUGCGGCUGGCGCAGCUGCUGGAUGCCUAUGCGGCGGCGCAGCAGCAGCAGCAACAGAAGGCGACGUUCUGCCUGUGUAGAAGAGAGAAGGAAAGCAAAGCGGCCUCUGACGCUGCUGAAGCCACAUCCUAA